AUGAGAGGUAUCCCACUAGAGAUAGCAUCCCACAGACUAAGCGUUAACCCCAAGUUCAGGCCCGUGAAGCAAAAAAGGAGACCGCAGUCCGAGGUGAAACACGCCUUCGUCAAAGAGGAAUUGGCGAAACUACUUAAAAUUGGAUCCAUCAGGGAGUGCCAUCGUAUCUGCGCCCUGACGACCUAUCCCCUAUGGAGUAUACUUCAUAAACCCGAGCUAUCAGGUCGAUUGGCCAAAUGGGCUAUCGAACUCGGAGGGUAUGACAUCGAGUAUCAACCUCGAACAGCCAUUAAGUCCCAAAUCCUGGCGGAUUUCGUGGCCGACUUCUCGUCGGCCGUCGUACCCGAGGUAGAGAAAGAGUUUUUAUCAAAAUCAGGAACUUCCUCCGGGGUAUGGACCCUGUUCACGGAUGGCGCCGCGAACGUAAGAGGGUCCGGACUUAGUAUAGUCCUGAGGCCGCCUGUCGGCGGCAUAAUCAGACAGUCCAUAAAAACCACUAAACUGACUAACAACGAAGCCGAGUAUGAGGCUAUGAUUGCAGGUCUAGAUUUGGCCAAAGGUUUGGGAGCUGAGAUCGUGGAGGCAAAACGCGACUUGCUCCUCGUGGAUGCAAAGGUAUUUGGACAAAAUCCAAAUCGCGUUACGUCGCUUCAAAGAAUGGACUUUAGUACACAUACCCGAGAUCAAAAUUGCGAGGCUGAUGCCCACGCAAACUUGGGGUCCUCCGCCGAAGAAGAAGACCUGCUCCCCGGAACCGUCGUCCAACUGUUCGAAUCGGCGGUCGAGGACGGCCACGCAGAAAUCAACUCCACCAGCCUGACAUGGGUCUGGAGAAACAGAUACAUCGCUUACCUGAAAGACGAAAAAGUACCCACGGAUCCAAAAGAGUCAAGGGCCCUGCGAACCAAAGCAGCCCGGUUCCCACUCGACAAAAACGGGGCCCUUUACAGGAGAACAUUUGAUGGUCCCCUGGCGAUAUGCUUGGGACCAGGCGACACAGAAUACGUGCUUCGAGAGAUCCAUGAGGGCACAUGCAGAAAUCAUUUCGGGGCCGAUUCCUUGGUCCGGAAGGUGAUCCGAGCGGGCUACUAUUGGGAUAGCAUGGAGAAAGAUGCCAAAGAAUUCGUCCGGAAAUGCGAAAAGUGUCAAAGGUUCGCCCCCAUGAUCCACCGGCCUGGAGAACAGCUGCAUUCCAUUUUAUCACCAUGGCCAUUCAUGAAAUGGGGGAUGGACAUUGUCGGUCCUUUACCAACGGCGCCAGGCAAGGUAACGCAGUUCCUUGAGGACAACGGAAUCAAGAGAAUCCUGUCGACACCAUAUCACCCGUGUGCAAACGGUCAAGCCGAAUCUACAAUUAAAACCAUCAUUCAAAAUUUGAAAAGGAAGCUGGAAAGCGCCAAAGGGAAAUGGAGGGAAACGCUGCCCGAAGUACUGUGGGCAUACCGAACAACUACGAAAUUGAGCACCGACGAGACGCCUUUCUCUCAAGUAUACGGCGCCAAAGCACUGAUACCGGUGGAGGCCGGAGAGCCAAGCGCCAGAUUCCAACACAUCGGCGAGGAAUCAAAUAACGAAUCUAUGGCAACGGCCCUCGAACUCCUCGACGAAAAACGGGAAGCCUUGCUAGUUCGGAUGGCUGCCCAGAAAUAG